CUGAACCUUCAAGCGGGACGCAAGAUGGCGUCUCUGCUGGGCCGCAAGGCUUGCAUUCCAGCGACUUGCGUGCAAAAGUCUCUAACACCGCCCGCGCCGUUGCGGUUAGGAUUAGCAUGUAGCGCUCUGCAAAGGCACCAAGUUCAAACUGCGAUUGCCAGUAGAGUUGCGCGCCAACAAGAGGAGAAUGGGCGAGCAGCCGCAAUUGUGCCGCGGCAGCGGACUGUCUGCCAAGCCGCUGCGGUGCCAGCAGAUGGCGAGUCCGAUAAGGGCAAGGACAUGUCAGGGAUGAUGGUGCUGGGCCUGAUGUUCGUCGCCUGGUACGGCACGAACAUCUUCUUCAACAUCUAUAACAAGCAGCUGUUCAAGGUGUUCCCCUUCCCGCUCACCACCACCAACAUCCAGUUCUUCAUCGGCAGCUGCCUGUCGAUGGUGUUCUGGGUCACCGGCAUCGUCAAGCUGCCCAAGAUUGACAUGGCGCUGGUGAAGUCCAUCUACCCGCUAGCCAUCAUCAACGUGUUGGGCAACGUGCUCACCAACGUGUCUCUGGGCCACGUGGCCGUGUCCUUCACACACACCGUCAAGGCCAUGGAGCCGUUCUUCUCCGUCAUCUUCUCCGCCAUCUUCCUUGGCGACGUGCCGCCCGUGCCCGUGCUGCUGACGCUGGUGCCCAUCGUGGGCGGCGUCGUUAUCGCCUCACUGACCGAGGCCACCUUCAACUGGACCGGCUUCCUGUCCGCCAUCUUCUCCAACAUGACCUUCCAGAGCCGCAACGUGCUGUCCAAGAAGCUCAUGAUCAAGAAGGGCGCGGUGGACAACAUGAACCUGUUCCAGAUCAUCACCAUCAUGUCCUUCCUCAUGCUGCUGCCCGUGUCCACGAUGGUGGAGGGCGGCGCGGCGCUGCUGACGCCCGAGAGCCUCGCCAACUUGGGCCUGAACGAGGCGGCUCGCGAGCAGAUGUUCAUGCGGCUGCUGUCCGCCGGCAUCUGCUUCCACUCCUACCAGCAGCUGUCCUACAUGAUCCUGUCGCGUGUGGCGCCCGUCACGCACAGCAUCGGCAACUGCGUGAAGCGCGUGGUGGUGAUCGUGGCGUCGCUGAUCGCCUUCCAGAACCCCAUCUCCAUGCAGAACGCCAUCGGCACGGGUAUCGCGCUGUUCGGCGUGUUCCUGUACUCCCAGGCCAAGCGGAAAUACAAGGGCAAGGGCGACGUCAAGCCGGAGGCCGCCUAAAGGGGGGUGGCCGGUGUCGCUGUGUGUGUGUGUCUCAGGCGAGAUUCGGAGUGUUGGACCCCGGGCGAAACACGGGUAGCCGCGUCGUGACAUUGCCGCACCGUGCGUGAGUGAGCGAGCCUGCGUGCGCGCCCGGGCUGCAGAUAUUACUAGAUGUACAUGAGUGACGUAGUAAGCAAAUAGAAUGCCGAUUAUGUGGGAAGGGGCAGCAGCGGAGAGGGCGGCAAAGGCCGCCUGCCCGUGCUCGCAAUGACGCUGGCACGCUGGCAUCAGGCCUUCGUGCAGUUUGCGAUACGGGGAUGCCGGAUGCGGGACAGGUCAUCGGAUGAUGGAGUAUGAAGAAGUGAGAUUGAGCGUGACUACGCGUGUGAUUAGAAGUGGGCAAGUGGCCAGUCUGGGCAGUGCUGGGUGCCCCGAAAGGACCGCUGGACAGCUGGUGAAGCUGUGUGUGACCGUGAGAGGUGACUUCUAGUAUCGACGCAGGAGCUGGGUUACCGUGGCUGCCCUACGAAGUGGCCCAGGUGCAAUGGAACUAGAAGCGGCAGUCGGAUGGGUGCAAUUGUGCAAUGCGCAUGGCGCGAGCUGCACAGCACAUUGGCUAUUCGGACCUUCAGCCACGGACGUGGCUCGAUGGGUGGCGACGGAUGAUGACGGUGCAUCCGUGCAUGGGGUACAACUGUGAUGAUACGGUACUGGGGAUACUGGGGGACAGGGGUGAGUGGGCAACUACUGGUCAAAGCGCUUAUGUGGCCAGGUGUGGCCCCUGGCCGCAGACAGGGAGACAGGCGUUGCAGCGGUGAAUGAUGGUGACGAGUGUGGCGUUUACGGAGUUAUGGUGCCCGUGUCAGGGAUUGGGUGCGACGGGCUCACGCGGGUACCACUCCGGCAAGUCCCUAGGGACUGCAUGUGUCCAAUGCCCUAGACUGCCGAAAUGUUAUCAUGUGACAUAUAAUAAGG